AUGGACAAAUCCUACCAGGCAAUUGCCCUAGACGAGGAACACCUCAUAGAGAAACCAGUAGCACAACCUCCCAAGCACAAACUUGCCCGUCUUUUCUCCAUAAGCGACGAAUACGCACAAGCCCUGAUAUGGCUAUGCCACGGUCUACUCUUAUCAAUUUCGCUCGCAUUACUCGCCCUUGCAUACUGUCUACGAUACGGUCGACCGUCUGACUCUGCUCAAGGAUGCAGACUCGACACCCCAUACUCCCCCGCCGCCUCAAUAGUCAAGUACCAAACAACACGGUACAACAUCACCCCCGUGCAAACAAUGACCGAAUACAUCGGCUACGGGCCCAAGGUCGACAAAGCAUGGAACCACAUCACAUACGAUGUCGGCGACCAAAUGAUCACACGCCAGGAACUCGACCGUCUGGGUCUGGAUCCUCAAUCCCUCAAGAUCAAGGACCCGAGAACAGGCAAAGAGGGCUACCGGGUCGGCAUACAAGUCUUCCACCAGCUGCACUGCCUGAAUCUCCUGCGGCAAGAUAGCUACAGGGAGUACUAUUCACAUCACGGCGGUGACAUUGAGGUUGAACCUCAAGAUUUGCGAGGACAUCUAGAUCAUUGUAUCGAGAUUCUGAGGGUAAGUCUCAUGUGCCAAAGCGACAUUGGGGUCUUUCCAUUCAGGUAUUAUGAUGGAUUUGAGGGGCACUGGCCGGAUUUCAGCACGCUUCAUACAUGCCGUAACUUUGAUGACAUACGGGAGUGGGCGUUUGAGAAUGCUGUGGUGUUUGGUGAUGAGCAAUAA